AUGUCUGCAAGAGUGUCAAUUAUCACCCAAGUUGUCGUCGUGAAGGCACCAACUACAAUAAUCGAUGUAGUGCCGUACGUACUUGUAUUUCUAGUUUAUGGACUCAUGGUGCAGGUUGUUUUUGCAUUGUGGAAGAAGUUUCACGAGAAGAGUUACAACUACUUCAUUUUAUCAGCAAUACUUGCGUGUCUGCCAUCAAUAUCAUUUUUCUUUGGCAACUAUGCUGUCUUGUUUCUCUAUUUUUUAUUUAUUUCAUUCAUGGGCUAUUUAGUUUACACUGCACUUAACUUCUCCCAAAAGAAAAAUGGACCAAGAAUUAUCUUCAGAGCCUUCAAAAUGAUAUUCCUUGUGACAAACCACGCAACCGUGCUUCUCCAGUUCUGCCUAAUUGUAUUCUUCGUAACAGGAAUCAAUAGAAUGCUAGCUAUUCUCAAACUAAUGUCAUAUUCUAUAUACUUUGCCGUGCUGUCAAGAGAAAUAGUCAGGAAUAUCUGCAUAUUCAUGGCCAAAACAACAGGAUACUAUUCAAAGGAGGGUAUACCUGGAAAGAAGGAAAAUAGUGCACUGUGCAUGAUCUGCACACUUCCCUUUGAUCAGUCGUCAGCCCUGGAGAAGGUUUUUUCCCUGAAAUGUGGGCAUUCCUAUCACGAGGAUUGCAUAAAAGGAUGGGCACUAAUAGGGCAAAAUAACUGCUGUUAUUACUGUAAAGAGGGCAUUGACAAUAAAGUGUUCACACAGGAUUAUUGGAUCAAAUCUGAAAUAUUCAUAAAGCCUAUGAUGAAUGCAAUGAGAUCAUUGAUCGCCUUUUCGAUUGUUGUUAUUGGAUUGGUCUAUUUGAAACUGUUUGUGAUUUCGACAAAUACUGAAGAAUAA